GCCCUCCGGGCGAUCGCCCGGUAGCCCGACCGGCCAGUCCGCCCCUGGUUCAAAGGGUCAUAAAUUUGGUACUGAACUCAUGUAUAGGCAAUUUUAGUCCUAAAAUCGUUUAAACUUUGUCUUUGUAUACCUUUGUAUAAACUUUGUCUUUGUAGAAGAGAGAUGUUGCCAAGCAAUUUGAAAGGUGUUGCUUUUUAAUUUUUUUGUUAUGAAAAUUCCUACUAGCCAUUCCUUUUACCUUCAACCAUUUGUUUUCCAAUCACUGAAACUAGGCCAUUGAGUGUUGAUCAAACGACAAUGAUCAAAUAAACUGCCUUAUAUUCUAUUUUUUCAAGCUAAAAUUGAUUAUACGUAAGAUUUUUCAGUUCUAGUAUUCCGAUUUAUAAUAGCUUAUUUUACAUUUUGAUGAUAUCAACAUAAAAUAAGAAAACUAAGACAGUCUAACUAAACCAUGGUGUUUUAAUGCACUUUUUGAAGACCAUAUGCAUAAGCUAACAAUAUAUUUUUUAUCUACCGAGCAUUUUUAGGUCUUGUCAUGGCAAAAGUAUCCGAAAUUAAAAUGCAAAGCACGAAUCUCCAAUUUAAAGGACAAGUGAAAGAUCUACGUAUUCUUUCGCGUAGCAGUUUUAUUUGCCUUUUAUAAUACAGGCAUGGGAGUUAGUACAAGUACAAAAUUUUUCAUGCUGAAUAAGAUGAGAUGCAAACUCUACUUUAAAAACGCCCCAAAGCUAUUUUUAGACUGGGGUACUUGUACCUAGUUCUCCUUUGGGUCUUCCUCCAUAUCUUUUAUACUAUGCAAGAUAUGGACCAGAAACUGAGUUGUAAAUUGACAUGCUGAAUACGAUGAGAUGCAGGUCCCACGUCAAAACGCCCCAAAGCUGAUUUGUCCUAUUUUUGAGGUUAAGCGGCUGCACAACAAGCAUUCAUUUUGUUGUUGAGCUAAGACAGGUACACGUAUUGAGAAAUUGAAUGUUGGCUUCAAGUAACUGAAUCAGUUCUAUACAUUGUAAGCGUGUUUGAAAGGUUCAUUCUUGGGAAAAUUGCAACAUUGAGAUUUCCCAGACGUACUUCUCCAUCGGCCGAUGUGUUGGAUGCUAAAAGGAAAUCUUUGCUUGAUAAAUAUUGCUACAAAAAGGUAAUUAUAAUUAUUGAGCAUUCUAUCAUUCUUCCUUUAAAGGAAAGUUUUACCAGGGAAGGAGCAAAAAUUGGUUCGGUAAAAGAAAAGAGCAUCAGUUUAAAGUACUAAAGACCGUCAAUGCUACGAGCCACAGCAGUUUAAUUACUGGCAAUGAGUUUAACAAAGAAACUGCUUGUAAUUAUAAAGACCCUUACAUUUGCAUUCGUAUUCCAAAGAACUGAAGCGAGAAUCUACGGAGUGUUUGAGGUUGCUGCAAAUGAGAGGGUUUUCAAAGAAGCAUUGGUUAAGAUGAAUGUCAGUACUAUAAAUGCCUCUUCAUACUUCGCACCAAACUUGAGUUUAAGCAAAUUUGUGGACAAGGGAAAUGACAUUGCCAAAGAGUUGAAUGGACAUGGAAUAAGCGGCGGAUAUGUCCUUAAUGACUUAAGCAAUGUGAAAAACGAGAUCUUCAGAGAAAUUUCGAAGAAAGGCAAUGGAAGAAUUCAUACCGAGAAUGCUUUCAGUGGCCUUGACCGGAUUGCAAACCAUUUAUCUGAAGUUGACGACCUGGUCAAGUUUGUCAAUCUAAUUCCUCUCCUGUCCAAAGGAGUAUCCAUCAUAGUGGAUGACUCGCAAUUCGGACGUGCCUCACUUACCCGUAUUGUUGAGAAAUGCACAGAGUAUGGCCUAAAUAUUACAAGCAUGCAAAUGAUAAGCAAUGUCGAUAAGAGGACCAUAUUUGCCUUAAAUAUUCACAAAAGCAAUGUGCUUGUUGUUGAUGUUGAUAAAAAGAAAACGGUCAAAAUCGUUAACAUGGUAAAACACUUGGGCGUGGCAGGGUAUCGCGAAGAGUUGCAUUGGAUGAUGACCAAAAGAUCAACUGGACAAUUCAACAAUCAAUGCAACUUGCUUCCUCACAUAUAUCGAUAUGUAGACAUUUUUCCUGCGUCCUUGUCUUCAGACUAUAUCAUAGAGAAGAUCCAGCGACAAAACUUGGCCAGUCCAAAUUGGAGUCGCAGUGGCAUUGCAAGAAUAAAAUCAUCUAUCAAAGAACUUAAUACCCACAGUCGAUCGUGGUUCACUGUGAAUACCCUAACAAUGCAGCCUGAAAAGGAUUCUCACUCUACAAGCAAAGGUGAAGAUUUGCAGCCAGUGAUUCGAGUGGCAAUCGCUCACACUGCCGCACCCUGGGUGAUUGUGGAAGAGGUGAGUAAAUCUCACGCCGACCGACAGCCAUGUGGUCUUAUUGGUAUGUUAGGAGAAAAGUAUGUCAAUGGAACAGGAACUGUGAAGAUAUGUGCUUAUGGCUAUGGUAUCGAUUUACUAAAUCUUUUGAAAACAAGGCUCCUUUUUGAGGCUGUAAUUUUCACCUCAAGAGACGGAAAAUUUGGAUCUUAUGACUUAGAAACAGGUGAAAGUGAUGGAAUUGUUAGAGAAGUGCUUGAAAACAAAGCCGACAUUGGCAUAGAUCUGACCGAGAACAAAGGGAGAUCAAGGGCACUUUGGUUUUCAAACCCUCAUCUCAUUUCUCCUAUUGCCAUAGCCUACGUAGAGAAAAACAGCUUUGAUGGAUCGAGUAUCUUUGGUCCUUUCAGUAAAAACCUAUAUAUCGGAAUAAUUGGAAUGAUUGUAGGGCUAGCUGUGAUCGUUUUUGUAAUAGAACGUGUCAGUCCUUACAGUGGAUUUCAAAUUAGACAACGAUCUUUUGUCGACAUGGAAGACUUUGGAGCUCUUGACAGUACCACAUACAUAUGGGGCACCUUAUUUACAGGCGAAAUAAUUGAAAAGAAACCAAAAUCAUCUGGAAGUCGGACAAUUUUACUUGCUUUCUCGUGUGUGUCCGUUGUUAUUCUAUCGGCAUAUUCUGGAAACCUCAUCACCUACUUGGUAGUACUGGAUGAAAGGCCUCCAGUGUCAGGAUUGCUCGACCCAAAGAUAAUUGGAAAAGAAAGUACAAUGAAAAUUGGGAUCCCUACCGGUACAAUUGUUGAUGGAUUGAUCAAGACUCAUUCGGAUGCCAGAGUUAGAAACCUUUAUGGAAGACUUACGCACUGCAUAACUAUUGAUGAAUGUGCGCUGAAAUUGAAGAAAAGGGAGAUUGACUUAAUUUUGUCUGAAGGCCCAACUUUGAGAUACUAUGCAUCGAUUGAUCACAGCUGUUCUUUGAAAGUCAUGGAGCUGACAGAUAGAGAUCGUGCGGUGGGAGUCGUAGCACGCAAAAAUUGGUCAUGGAGGAGAAGGAUCAACACAGCUAUCAAUCAUAUAGUUGCAUCCGGAAAUGCUGACUACCUUCAUGCCAAAUGGCUGGGAAAAGUUCCUUGCAAAAGAACAAACACUUUCUUUAGCCUUGAUAUCAUGAUACUAAAGCAUCUGUUCGUCUUGCUUGCAGGCUUUAUGGCUGGGUGCCUUUUUUUAAGCUUAAUUUUGAGAAUUGCCAGCAAAUUUUACACGAAAAAGAAAGAUGACACAGAUGAAGAAAAUGAUUGAAUUUGAAAGCAACAGUAUUUUAAAAGUCUAAUCUUGAAGAUAGGAGCUUUUGAUCGAAUUUCAGCCAGGAGUUUUUUUGGGUUGUUUAGUAGCAGUUCUUUUUGCUUUCUUGCAAUUGGUGCAGUAGGAUGUGUAUGGACCCAAUUCACAUGCAAAACGUGCAUAUAUGGAUCAAAUAUAAGAUUUGUCUCUAUAUAGAAAGUAUGGUUGUAUGAAAUUCUUAAAUUCACAAUAUGAAAAACUUCAAAGGACUAAACAACGCCUCCUGACAAUCUUCUAGCCCCCCUCCCUAUUUCAAAAAGAGACAUUGAGGGCCCUUAUUAGCAUACUAACUAGGGGUGGGGGGCAAUGACCCUUGCAGCCCCAGUGAUUUUCCUUUUUUAUAACAAUAGACUAUUGUCCUUUUCUUGAUAUUAAUAAAUGCUUGCCCCGCAACCAAUUUCUCUCCCUAAAGGCUUUGGAGCUGUUGGAAUAAUAGUAUGUAGAUACAAGAAAUUGAUUACUAAUGAAAUCAAAUACCGUCGCAUAUAAACCUCGGUAUUUCCUAUAGAAAGAAGUGAUCUUCCUACAGAACUGCUUAAAUGCAACCAAGACAGGAUGCCUUUAACCUUCCCACGACAAACUAGAAGACAAUAGAUGGUAGUUUUGACUCCAACUGUAGAACGGUUUUUGAUUGCAAUAUGUUGAAGUUAUAGCUUAGAGUAAACUUUACCUAAUAAGGGGUUUUCCAAGUUUUGGUUUGCUAGAACAUAUCACAUUAAAGGGCAUGUGUAGUGAACAUGAUUGGCUAAUGCAAUACAAAUAUCUCUUUUGUUUAAUACAAAGCAUGGAAUCGAGGGUGAAUUUUUACGGCAGUGAAAAUUAAUUAAGAAAAAAUGAAUAGUCACGAAACAAUGGAAUUCCACUCCAAACGCUUUUGUUUUAUUAGCCAACUGCUAAUGCGACAUAUGCCCUUAAAGUUAGCGGUGAGAUAUAUGUACGCACAAGGUAGUAUCUUUACACGCAUGGGAAAUGCAUUCUCUUUUUUAUUUUUAACCAAGCAAUAACAUUACUCCUUUGCAACUACUUUAAUCGCCGUAAGGGUAUCAAUUUGCUAGGUCUUUUAUCCAAACCCAUGAAUUCUCAUGGUCUUGACUACUUGAUCAAAAUCUUUCAUGAUUUGUUAGUUUGAUAUACAAUGGCUUUUGCCAACGUCAGAAAAUGAUCAGGACACCAUUAUUAUGGCCGUUUAAGGCCAAAAUGCCUUGUGUUCUUACACAUUCUAAAAAAAGAGAAUGAAUAUUCUGCAAGAGGAUCCUCUCCUCAAGAUAUUAAAUCAUCAAAUCUUCACGGGAUUUUAAUUGUAAUGCCAUUUGUGCACUCUUUAUCACAAACAUCGUAAUCUAUAUUAUUUAAAAUUAGACCUUUCUAUUAUUUCAUGCUUUGUUUAAUGCUAUUCUUUCAUCACAAUAUUUCUCAACAUUUUGCUUUGAAAAAUGCAAAUAACAAGUAUUUAUAUUUUUUAGUGUUUUGUUGUAUGCAAAAUGAAAGUAAUUUUGUUUCUAAAAUAAAAAAAAAAAAUUCUGGUGAAGUGUCAUCCAUUAUAAAGCAUGCUGUUUGUUUGUUCAAUUCGUGACAAUUGGCGUUUCUUCUUUGCUUUUAAGAUCUUUAUUUUUCAUUUGUAAUCCUUCGUAAUAAUGCAUUUGUAAUCUAUGGUAUACUUUGAAAAAGCACGUUUCAGUUCUAUGAUGUAUCCGAGCCAAGAGAAAAAUUUGUAUUUCUCGAAAAUUCUGCUUUAUGCAUUAGAACUUUAUGGUUUGAUCCAAUUUAGCAUUCUUAAUUAAAAAGUAGACUGAAAGAGGCGAAUGAUAGCAGAAAUAAUAUUUAAAGAAGAGCCUAAAGUUGGAAGCAUCAUUCCUCUGCUUUUUGCUUUGGCAAAAAACAACCUCAGCAACCUCAGAAGUCUUAGCCUUUUAGAUGAAAAUUUACGUAACCAAACUACUAUGUCUUAAUUUUAUCUGUUCAGGGAAAUAGACUUACUUCUGUCUGACAGUCCAACUUUGAGACACUACGCAUCGAUUGAUCACAGCUGUUCUUUGAGCGUUCUGGAAUUAACACAAAGAGGUCGUGCGGUGGGAAUCGUUGCACGCAAAAAUUGGUCAUGGACGAGGAGGGUGAACACAGCCAUCAAUCAUUUAGUGGUAUCUGGAAGUGCUGACCACAUUUUUGCUAAAUGGUUCGGAAAGGUUCCUUGCAAAAACAAGCACAUUUUCUAGCCUUGAUAUUAACAUGCUUAAAUACCUUUUCAUCUUGCUCGCAGGCUUCAUGGCUGGGUUAAUUAUUUUUUGGUUUAGCUUUGAAAAUUGCCAGCAAGUUUUACCAAAGACGAAGACAUAACGAGGGUGAAGAGAAUUGUUGAAUUUGGCAACAGCAUCAUGUUUGAAAUAAAUAUGUAGAUAACAGUAGAUUAUAUUAAAAAAUAUUGUCCGGUGAAUUGUUUAGAUUUAUGCGAAAUUUUAUUCCCUUUAUCACAAAGUUUACUUCAUUUAGAACUGUUGAAAUGCCAACUAAAGUGGGAUGCUUGUACUCCUCCGAGACAAACUGAAUAGAGACUAGAUGGUAGCUUUGACUAGAAUUGUACAAUGAUAUUUUAUUGAAGUUUUUGUUGCACUAGGAAGUAUUUCAACACACAAAGAAGAUGCUUCUUCUUUUUUCAAUAAUCCAAUAUUUUUUGAAAAGGCAAAAAUUUUAAUCGACAAAAGGAGAUCAAAUUUCUCAAACGAUCUUAAAAGAUCGUUAUAAUAUUUUGAGAAAUCAUUGGUUUUGAACAUUGGGUCCUAUGAUACAAGUCGUGGCUUGCAGGAUUAAUGUAAAAUAGAACUUUUUAAUAAAGUGAAGAAAAAUAAAAUAAAAUAAAACUGAG